AUGGCGGGCAUCAAUUGGCCCGGACUCCUCGCUUGGAGCACCAAGUACCACGAUGGCACAGCGCCCUCGGAGUUCAAGCAACUCAGCGAGGAGGAUCGGAGGUUCCUGGAGAGGGCCAUGGAGGAAGCCUUUGGUCAUGUCGAGGAUCCUAAUAAAGUCAUGGUCGAGGCUCGCGACCAGAUCCUUUCGCCGGAGCGCACCGACGAGAGCAUAUCCACGGCCUUGGAGGUCAUUGACCGCUGCUGUGACGACCCAGACUGCGCACGCAAUGCCGAGAAGCUGGAUGUCUUGCAGCCUUUGCUGGACCUGGCCUCUUCGCAUGAGGGCUCCAUCCGCAGCAGGACAUUCGAGAUCCUCGCGCUUUUGUUCUCUAACAACCCAAACAUCCAGGAAGCCGGGGUAAAGCGACACGCCCUGGCGCUGUGCAUGAGAAUUGCGCAGGAGAGUCCUGCGGGCUCCGAAGAGCGAUCCAAGGCAUUUCGGGCUCUCGUGGCCCUGGUCCGAAAUGUGAAGGAGUUCGAGAAACUCCUCCUGGACCAUUCUGGUGGUGUGGCAUUGUUGACCCUGUGCAUGGACCUCCAGGAGCUCCCUGGCACUCGCGAGAAGGCAGCUUCUUUCGUUCGAUCCCUAGUGGAGAACGAGAGCAUGGCUGCUGAGCACGCGGCCCCAUUGGCGACUGCCCUGGCCAAGCUUUUCUCCAACCUGGAGGAUGCCGGGAUCCAGUACAAGGAGACCUUGGCUUCGUGCGCUCUUCAGCUCGGAAGCGGCUUCAAGGCUCAGUGUCCGCCGGAAUUGCUGGCGGCUGUCACGGCGAGGGUGUCCGAGCUGACUGCCGCAACGGAUCCGGAGGCAGAGCAGGAGCUGUCCUGUCUGAAGGACUGUGCUGCAGUCUUGAACGCCUAG